GUUGGCUACCUUGCUCAAGGGUGUCUUCUCAGUUGUGGUAUUGAAGGUGGGAGCGCUGGAUAUUCACUUCCCCACAACUACAAUCCUUCUGGACCGAAGAUUUGAACCCUCAAACUUCGCUUUACAAGUGCAACUCGCUAGCCGUUAGGCCACGACUGCCCCAUGACAGCCCUGAAAGAAUGUGGGUAACCAAACAUUUGCUGGUCCCCUUUGACUUCCAUAGGAUUUUUUUUCUCCAAACAAAAAAAGUCAAUGGGGACCAGCAAUGGUUUGGAUACCAACUUUCUUCACAAUAUCUUGUUUUGUGUUCAGCAGAAGAAAGGAAUUCAUACAGGUUUGAGACAACUUGAGGGAUCAUUAUGAGUGCCCUUUUGGAUUACGACCAUGACUAUCAUUAUCAUGACCAUGACAAUAGUUCCAACCACAGUGACUAUGACGACAAGGAUUUUCCAGACUUCCACACAGUUUGUGACAAACAAGAGGUUCGGUCUUUCGCUGGGAUCUUUUUGCCAGUCGUCUACACCAUCGCGUUGAUCCUGGGUCUGGCCGGAAACUCGCUGGUCAUCUUAGUUUACCUUUCCCACAAACGCUUACGGACGCUGACGGAUGUCUUCAUCCUCAACCUGGCCUUCGCAGACCUCCUCCUGCUCCUGACACUGCCUUUCUGGGCUGCAGAUGCAGUGAAUGGCUGGGAGAUUGGCACAGCAGCCUGCAAGAUCACUUCAGCUCUCUACACAACUAACUUCAGCUGUAGCAUGCUGCUGCUGGCCUGCAUUAGCAUAGACCGCUAUCGUGCAUUAGCCAGAGGCUCCACCACCGCCAACGCCCCAAGCAGGAGCAACGCCCGCAGGCAGAGGAUAAUCAUGUGCCUCAUGGUUUGGGGACUUGCCAUUGUCCUUGGAUUGCCAGAUAUGGUGUUCUACACCGUGAAGAAGCAGCACUCAAGUGAGCGUAAUGCCUGCCGGGCAGUUUACCCACACAGCAUGGCGCGGGCAGCUAAAGCAACUCUGGAAAUUCUGGAAGUGUCUCUGAGCUUUCUUCUGCCUUUCCUGGUGAUGAUGUUUUGCUAUUGCAGGGUUGGAAUUGUGUUGGGUGAAGCUGCAACAGCGGGUGUACGUGGUGGAAGGAGAUGGCGGGCUUUUCGGGUUUUAAUAGCAGUAGUGGGUGCAUUUCUGUUGACCCAGCUCCCCUAUAAUGUUGUAAAAUUAGUCAGAGCCCUGGAUGUGAUCUACAUUUUAGUGACAGAAUGUGAAGUGAGCAAAAACCUUGACCGGGCCAAUCAAAUCACUGAAAGUCUGGCCCUCACGCAUUGCUGCCUGAAUCCUGUGCUCUACGUCUUUAUUGGCUCAUCCUUCAAAAUGCAUGUUCUGAAGCUUGCCAAGCGCUGUGGGCAGACAGGAAGAGGGUACCGCCAUGGCAAUGAACAGCCCACUGUAGAGAUCUCCCUUAAGCCAGGCACACAAACUCACACUCACUCUUCAUCGGACAAUGAAGAUACGAGUACGUUCACCAUAUGACACCACAAUAAAUUUACAAUGAGGACUGCCAACUAUAUUCCAGGACAUUGUUUUAAAAAUAAUAACCAUUAACCGUCAUGUACAUGCUCAUUAAGUUUGAAGUAUAAUUCAGUUUUGAUGUGAUGGCUAGUGCAUGAGUACUAAGUUGAACACGUUUAUUUUUCUUUGUUAACUUACAUGAACACAGGCACUAAAAACAAACUCACUAGAAAGUUACAUUUUUGCUCAAUGUCUGCACCAUUUCCAGUCAUUUAAACUAGAGUUGCAGGUAUCUUUUAACCCUCUCAAAUAGGGAUGGGUCACAAUUUUCAAAUAUUCAAACAUAUAAUAUCAAAUUUGUUGUGCGAUUAUUGUCUAAAGAGUCCCCAUGUUUGCAAGAGAAAGUAUUGAAUUUAAUAAUUUUUGUAACUUGCUAUGAAACAGUUUCUCACCUCAGAAAAGCGCACUAUCCUGUCCUGCCAGAUGUUACACUGUAUUUGUAGCAUGCACUACCCUAUAGCACGCACGCACGCACGUGGCGUGGUGCUGUAUAUCACUUCACUAAAGCAUAAAAACUAAGAGCAUGCAACCCAUGAAUGAUAAAUCACAUAACUUGUACUGCGUGUGUUAGCUGGGAAGAAUUUGCAUUAAGGUAUGAUAUUCAUUCUAUUCAGUUUCCACGUUUCAUUAACAGUUCAUGUUAGUAGGCUUAUUGCAUAUCCACCAUGUUAUUUCUAUGAUCCAAAAAUACUUUGUGUCAUUUGGUAUAUGUUUAAAGACUGUGGUAGCUCAUACCAACUUAACUGUAUUAACAAAACAUUGUUUGGGACUGCUAUUUAAUAGUCUUGCCUUAUAGGCUCUUUCCUUAGUAUUAGUCAUAUUCUUCAACAGUCUUAAUUUUUGUGAAAUACAUUUGUUUUGUAUUAGUUUAAUAUAUAUAUAUGUAAGUGGGUCAUAUCAUGAUGACCAUCAAAAAAUGAAGCACCCAUCUAAAAAGCUAAGUACUUUGGCCUUAAGAUUAAUGCAUUAACCAAAAACAUUCCACUAUGACAUCUUUGAUUAGAUCUUUUGUUAUGUUUAAAGAUCAAAGUAUGCUGUUUAUCAGAAGACAUGCAUGGAAUCUAAGCCCACAGAAUUCCAUCGAAAACUUCACAGAAUCUAUCAUUAACAGCACUUGUGUUGUUUUGUUUUAGCUGCUAAUACUCUCUGCUAACAAACAAUAGUGUUAUUACUCAGUUUUAGCUAAUAAAAGUCCACAGAAUCCUCCAAAUCAGUUCAUUAACUAGGAAAAAUAGAUUCUAUGUGGGCAUAUUUAUCAGUUAUUAUAUUGACCACUUAUAGAAAGUGUAUAGUGAGCUCAGGGUUCUUGUGUAGAAAAGAUAUCCUGCAUACGUUACAUAUUUUGUAUAUUAUACAUCGCCAAUGUAAAUAUAUUUUUAGAUUAAAGCAUACUUUAUACACUUGGA